AUGGCCUCCACCCCGCCGGCGCCCGCCGUGGCGCCGUCGCUGGUGGACACCCUCUUCCAGCGCUCCCUAAACGACCUCGUCAAGUCCCUCCGCGCCGACCCGUCGGCCGCCGGCGAGGCCGCGGCCGUCGCCCGCGCGCUCUCCGAGAUCCACCGCGAGAUCCGCGCCCCCGACGCCGCCACCAAGUCCGUCGCGCUGCAGAAGCUGGCCUACCUCUCCUCGCUCCACUUCGCCCCCGUCGGCUCCCACCCGCUCGCCUUCGCCGCCAUCGAGCUCCUCGCCUCGCCGCACCUGCCCCACAAGCACCUGGCCUACCUCGCCGCGUCCCUCUCGCUCCACCCGGCCUCGCUCUCGCUGCUCCCGCUCGCCACGCACCAGCUCCACAAGGACCUCUCCCCCUCCGCUGGCGCCGCCCACCAGCAGCACGUCUCCGCGCUCGCGUUCCAGCUCCUCGCCUCGCCUGCCGCGACCGCCGCGCCCGACCUCCCCGUCCACCUCGCGCACGACCUCGUACAGCACCUCGCCCGCGGCAGCCCCCGCGCCAUCGCCGCCGCCGCGCGCGUCAUAGCCGCCUCGCCGUCCGCGGCCGUGCCGGUCCUCUUCAAGCCGCUGGCGGCGUGUCUCGCCUCUCCCGAUCCUCGCGCGUCCACGGCGGCUGCGGCGGCCUUCUGUGACCUAUCGGCGCCCCCUGCCGAUGCGACGCCUUUCCUGCCGCUCGCGCCCGACCUCUACAACCUGCUCACCACCUCCCGAUCCAACUGGGCGCUCAUCAAGGUGCUCAAGGUGUUUGCAAGACUGGCUCCUCUCGAGCCCCGCCUGGCAGCGAGAAUCGUCGACCCGGUUUGCCAGCUCCUCACCCGAUCUUCGGCCAUGUCACUGACCUUUGAGUGCAUCCGUACGGUGCUCACUGCACUGCCAGCACAUGAUGCCGCGGUCCGCCUUGCCAUUGGGAAAGCCAAGGAGUUCAUUGCUGCUGCUGAUGAUCCCAACCUUCGGUACCUUGGGCUUCUGGCUCUUGGUAUGCUUGGCCCAGCAUAUGCAUCCACGGUGAAUGAUUGUCGGGAUGCUAUUGCGAAGUCACUGGGUGAUGCCGACACGAACAUUCGCCAGGAGGCGUUGCAUCUCAUUAUGGGGAUGGUUAAUGAAAACAACGUCGUGGACAUUGCUGGUAUGCUGAUCAGUCAUGUUGCUAAGUCAGACCCAGAGUUCGCAAACGACAUUCUUGGGGCUGUUCUAGCAGCAUGUGGGCAUAAUGUGUAUGAGAUGGUGGUGGAUUUUGAUUGGUAUGUUUCGCUCCUUGCGGAUAUGGCAAGAACCCUGCAUUGUGCCCAGGGGGAUGAGAUUGGUCGGCAGCUUGUUGAUGUAGGACUGAGAGUGCAGGAUGCACGGCCAGAGCUUGUCCGUUCAGCUCGAACUCUCCUGAUUGAUCCUGCUUUGCUUGGAAAUCACUUCCUCUUCCCUGUUCUUUCAGCGGCUGCAUGGAUUUCUGGUGAGUAUGUGGACUUAACGAAGGAUCCUGUUGAGCUUGUUGAAGCACUCUUGCAACCAAGGACCAGCCUCCUACCAAUUUCAGUGAGAGCUGUCUACAUCCAUGCAGUAUUUAAAGUGAUUACGUGGUGUUUCAGUGUGUAUGUUGGGAGAUUGGGUGAUUCAGGCAUGGCAAUGGAUGUCAUGUUCGACAGGUUAGCUCCUGAUCAAACUGUUAGUUUGGACAGCAAUGUUGCACUUGGGUCUGGUGAAGAACAAGAUAUUGGGGCGAGCACAGUGCGAAAGGACCCUUUUUCACAUGAAUCUAUACUUUACAUGAUUGACCUGAUUCAAACAACAGUUGGUCCACUGAUUAACUGCAAUGAAGUAGAAGUCCAGGAGAGAGCACACAACCUGAUUGGUUUUGUCCAUUUAGUAAGAGAAAUUCAAGAGCUGAACAAAAGGAAGGUUGCUGAUGGUGACGAGCCAAGCAGGUUAAAGGAGCUUGUUAAGACUAUGCGGACAGUAUUCUGUCAAGAACUAGGUCCUGUUUCUGUGAAUGCACAGAUGAAAGUGGCCCCUCCAGAUGGUCUUAUUCUGAAUGAAAAUCUUGUUGAACUUGCUGGCAUGGUGAGUGAAGAUGAUACUACUCCCUCAACUUCAAUCUUUUUCUAUCCUUGCAGUCGUCAUUCUGUAGAUACCAGAGAUGAGCCGGCAGUGUCAAUUGGUUCGUCUUCUCUUUCUGAGCAUCGCAAGAGGCAUGGGCUCUUUUAUCUCCAAACAGGGAAAACUGAGGAUGAGCCAAAUGAUUACCCUCAAGCUAACGAUUCUCUACCAUCUUCUAGCAAUAAUUCUGUUAUUAAUGAUGACAAGUCGAAGACUGCUGAACUUGUAUUUGCUGGGAAAAAGUCGACGGCCACGAAAUCCAGACCAAAAGUAGUUAAGUUGGAUACUGAGGAUUUCCUCAGUUCUGUGAUGCCUAGUGCAAAUGUUCCAAAAGAAGACCCCUUGUCUGGUGCUCUACGUGAUGUGCUCUUGGGUAGUGAUGCUAAGGCAUUGUCUUCACAAAGGGCUUCAGAUAUAAACUUGGAAGGAAUGCUAAACAAAACAAGCAGUAAUGAAUCUAGCUCUCAUCUGAUAGAGAAUUUAGGAAGCUAUCCUGCUUCACGUUCUAGUAGAACAACAAGCAAGCAACAAAACGAUGAUAAAGAGAAAGGUACAAAUCCUCGUGAAAGUGAUGGCAAAGAACCAAGAAAGCACAGAAGCUCUGGUAGAAGUGGACAUCGUCAAGGAAAACAUAAGCAUAGAGAAAAGUCUAGUACUCAGCCUGAUACUAUACCUCAAGCUUCAGUCAUUCAAGAUUUCCUUCUAUAG